ACUGUAGUCAAAUGAAACUGUCAAAUCCCUGGGUGCAUUGGUCAAUGGUUACAGGUUAAAUUGGAAAUGUUUAAAGUGCUCUGCAUCGGGUGGUCUUUCGAAAUCUCAAUACAUGCUGAUGGUCAGACAGUGCUUUAGUAGUAUUUGGUUUAUUUAGAGAAAGGGGACUCCUCGUUGACCACAGGGGGAGACUAGUCGCGAAUAAAAACACAAGACGUUCAGAGAACAUCAUGCUACCUAUUCUCACCCAGGAACGUGGUUGGCUAACCGGCUAACGCUAGCCUCUCUACCGCAAGCGUUGCCCGCUCAGUUUGAAGACACGUCUACAGUCUGGUCCACAAGACAUAUGUUAGACUGCUGCUCGUUAUGCAGAGGAAGAAUGCUAGCUACCGCUCAGGACUUAACUGACCUCCUUGAAACACAUUAAGCUCCCGGGCCCAGCCAUGUUUGGAACAGAGUCCUCAUUAAGCAUGUUUCUCAACACCCUGACGCCGAAGUUCUACGUGGCUUUGACUGGCACCUCAUCCCUCAUAUCAGGACUCAUCCUGAUCUUUGAGUGGUGGUACUUCAGGAAGUAUGGGACUUCCUUCAUUGAGCAGGUGUCCGUGAGCCACCUGCGCCCCCUGCUGGGCGGAGUGGACAGCAGCGCCCCCACCAACACCACUACCAGUAAUGGGGAGGCCGACUCCAGUCGACAGAGUGUGUCCGAAUGUAAAGUGUGGCGAAAUCCUCUGAAUUUAUUUCGGGGCGCAGAGUAUAACAGGUACACCUGGGUAACAGGUCGGGAGCCCCUCACCUACUACGACAUGAACCUCUCGGCUCAGGACCACCAGACGUUCUUUACCUGCGACACGGACCACCUCAGGCCUGCAGACGCCAUCAUGCAGAAGGCGUGGCGAGAGAGAAACCCACAGGCUCGUAUCUCAGCUGCACAUGAAGCUCUGGAGCUGGAGGACUGUGCGACUGCGUUCAUCCUCCUGGCCGAGGAGGAGUCCACUACCAUCAUGGAGGCGGAGCGUCUGUUCAAGCAGGCGCUGAAGGCCGGGGAGAGCUGCUACCGACGCAGCCACCAGCUGCAGCACCACAGCUCCCAGUACGAGGCCCAGCACAGAAGGGACACCAACGUAUUGGUGUACAUAAAGAGGAGGCUUGCCAUGUGUUCCCGGAAGUUAGGGAGAACACGAGAAGCAGCCAAGAUGAUGAGAGAUUUAAUGAAGGAGUUCCCUCUUCUCAGUAUGUUCAACAUCCAUGAGAACCUACUGGAGUCUCUGUUGGAGCUCCAGAACUACGCAGACGUACAGGCAGUGCUGGCCAAGUACGACGAUAUAAGUUUACCUAAAUCUGCAACAAUAUGUUACACAGCAGCGCUGCUCAAGGCCAGGGCCGUGUCUGACAAGUUCUCUCCCGAGGCGGCCUCCAGGAGGGGGCUGAGCACCGCAGAGAUGAACGCUGUAGAAGCCAUCCACAGAGCGGUGGAGUUUAACCCCCACGUCCCUAAAUAUCUCCUGGAGAUGAAGAGUCUCAUCCUCCCUCCAGAACACAUCCUGAAGCGCGGCGACAGCGAGGCCAUCGCCUAUGCCUUCUUCCACCUGCAGCACUGGAAGAGAGUGGAGGGCGCGCUCAACCUGCUGCACUGCACCUGGGAGGGCAGUAUGUACUCAUCCUUCAGAAUGAUCCCGUACCCCCUAGAGAAGGGUCAUCUCUUCUACCCCUACCCCAUCUGUACAGAGACGGCCGACAGAGAGCUGCUACCAAGUGUGGAAGCAGUAUUCCACGAGGUGUCAGUCUACCCCAAGAAGGAGCUGCCCUUCUUCAUCCUGUUCACGGCCGGCCUCUGCUCCUUCACUGCCAUGCUGGCGCUGCUCACACACCAGUUCCCAGAGCUCAUGGGCGUCUUCGCCAAGGCUUUCCUGAGUACUUUAUUCGCUCCCCUCAACUUCAUCAUGGAGAAGGUGGAGAGCCUCCUCCCCUCCAGUCUGUGGCACCAGCUCACCCGCAUCUAGACGCCCUGAGGAGCCGACAGACGGACGGACUGAGGGCGGGCCUAGAGGAGCCGACAGACAGACGGACAAACUGAUGGCCGUAGCGCCGCCUGGGACUGGACUGACACACCUUUGUGCCAAUAAACAGGACAGGAGACAAAGCCACUGCUGGAGAGAGAAGGGAUUCAAAAUGAAAUAAAGAAAACAGAAUUCAGAAUA